AGCCCCAAAAACACUGUAAAUCGAACUCUGGAAUCUCAAAUCCGACGCUAAAAUGGCGAAAUCUCCGGAAGAUGAACACCCAAACAAGGCUUUUGGAUGGGCUGCCCGAGAUACAUCCGGAUUACUCUCUCCAUUUCAUUUCUCUCGAAGAGAUAAUGGUGCUGAUGAUGUGAGUAUCAAAAUCCUUUACUGUGGGGUUUGCCAUUCUGAUCUGCACUUGCUCAAGAAUGAUUGGGGUAUCACAAAUUAUCCAUUAGUCCCAGGGCAUGAGAUUGUUGGUGUUGUGACCUCUGUUGGGAAUAAUGUGAAGAAAUUCAAAGCGGGCGAUCAAGUUGGGGUUGGUGUCAUAGUUGGAUCUUGCAAAAGUUGUGAGAAUUGUGAUCAGGACUUGGAGAGUUACUGCCCCAAGAUGAUAUAUACUUAUAACUCGCAUUCAUAUGAUGGAGUGAAGAAUUAUGGUGGUUAUUCUGAUAAGAUCGUCGUCGAUCAGCAUUUCGUGCUCCGAUUUCCCGACAACUUACCUCUUGAUGCUGGAGCUCCACUUCUUUGUGCUGGAAUCACAGUUUAUAGUCCUAUGAAAUACUAUGGCAUGACUGAAUCUGGUAAGCAUUUGGGGGUGGUUGGACUUGGUGGGCUUGGUCAUGUUGCUGUUAAGUUUGGUAAGGCAUUUGGGUUGAAAGUUACUGUCAUUAGUACCUCUCCAAGAAAGAAGGAGGAGGCCAUCGACAGGCUCGGUGCUGAUGCUUUUCUUGUUUCAAGUGAUCCCGAACAGUUGAAGGCUGCCAUGGGGACGAUGGAUUAUAUUAUCGACACUGUAUCCGCUAUCCAUGCUCUUGCUCCGUUGCUCAGCCUGCUAAAGCUGAAUGGAAAGUUGGUCACUGUGGGUUUGCCUAACAAGCCUCUAGAGCUGCCAGUUGUUUCUCUAGUUCUCGGCAGGAGGAUGGUUGGUGGUAGCAACUUUGGAGGGCUGAAAGAGACACAAGAGAUGUUGGAUUUCUGUGCUAAGAACAACAUCACUGCAGAUAUUGAACUCAUUCAGAUGGACGACAUUAACUCGGCCAUCGAAAGGCUUGCAAAAGCUGAUGUUCGAUAUCGGUUUGUGAUCGACAUCGGAAACUCCUUGAAAUAGAUGGUAAACUUCGGCUGCAUUGUCAUCCAAACCAAAAACGAAGCUGAUGGUUCUGGUGAAUAUAUGGUUUUUCUGUCACAUUUCUAAUGGUUCUGGUGCAUUGUCUUCCUUAUGCUAAUAAUAGUUUCUAUCGCUUCAUCUGUUACUGCUGGAACAAUUUUCUUGAAUGAGAAGCUUCGUUUGAAACGUCAUGA